UCAGCUCAGAAGCUCAGAGAGGAGAAGCAGACCAAACGCAGCAGCUUCGGUCGGGAAACAUCAUCAGACUCGGCAAAGGCAUGGAAUUCGGCCACAAAACACAAACUCCAAAGGGCAAAAAAAUGGAUUUAAAUCCAGAGGCUGGAGGAAUGCUUUAAAGAUUUCUUGUAGCCUUGCUUCGUUGAAAGGCUCUUUAUAUUUAAAGUGACGUGACACAGGAACAAUCCAUUUCUCAAGGCAGCCUGUCUGACUUUGAUCAUGCCCCCUAGAUAGCAGCCUCGUCCUCCUCUCCACUCCCCCUCCCUGCCCCUUCCUCUACCAUACAGCACCAUCACUGCCAAACGUGUCGCCACAGCCGCCAUGCCGCCCAGGAAGAGGACGCGGCCAGGCCUGGGCUUCCUGUGCUGCUUCGGUAGCAGCGAGCCUCCGGAGAUCAACCUCAAGGACAGCGUGCCUCUGCAGCUGCUGGAGUUCAGCGCCCCCAUGCCGCCCGCAGAGGAGCUGCUUGCACGUUUCUCCGAACUGGUGGAUGAACUGGACCUCACGGACAAGAACAGGGAGGCCAUGUUCGCUCUGCCCGAUGAAAAGAAAUGGCAGAUCUACUGCAGCAAGAAGAAGGAGCAAGAGGAUCCCAACAAGCUUGCGACCAGCUGGCCUGACUACUACAUCGACCGCAUCAACUCCAUGGCUGCUAUGCAGACCCUGUUUGCCUUUGACGAGGAGGAAAUGGAAAUGAGGAACAAGGUGGUGGAAGAUCUGAAAACAGCACUUCGGACUCAACCAAUGAGGUUUGUCACGCGCUUCAUCGAGCUCGACGGCCUCACCUGCCUGCUCAACUUCCUGCGCAGCAUGGACUACGAGACGUCGGAGAGCCGCGUCCACACCUCGGUCAUCGGCUGCAUCAAGGCCCUGAUGAACAACUCCCAGGGCCGCGCGCACGUCCUGGCACACCCACAGAGCAUCAACACCAUCUCCCAGAGCCUGCGGACAGAGAACAUCAAGACCAAGGUGGCCGUGCUGGAGAUUCUCGGGGCGGUGUGCCUGGUGCCUGACGGACACAAGAAAGUGCUACAGGCCAUGGCGCACUACCAGAAAUAUUCUGCAGAGAGGACUCGCUUUCAGACGCUGCUGAAUGAGCUGGACAAGAGUACAGGCCGCUACAGAGACGAGGUCAACUUAAAGACUGCCAUCAUGUCCUUCAUCAACGCUGUGCUCAACGCUGGAGCUGGGGAGGACAACCUUGAGUUCCGCCUCCACCUAAGGUACGAGUUCCUGAUGUUGGGCAUCCAGCCGGUCAUCGACAAGCUCAGAGGGCAUGAGAAUUCCACUCUGGAUAGGCAUUUGGACUUCUUUGAGAUGGUGAGGAAUGAAGAUGACUCGGAGUUAGCCAAAAGAUUUGAUACUUCCCACGUCGAUACUAAGAGUGCCAGUGCAAUGUUUGAGCUGAUCAAGAAGAAGCUGAGUCACUCAGACGCCUACCCCAACCUCCUCUCCAUCCUCCAGCACUGCCUCCAGAUGCCCUAUAAACGUGGUGGUGGCAGCCUGCAGCACUGGCAGCUCUUAGACAGGAUCCUCCAGCAGAUAGUCUUGCAGGACGAGAAGGGACAGGACCCAGACAGCGCCCCUCUGGAAAACUUCAGUGUUAAGAACAUCAUUCGCAUACAUGGCUUUCACCGAUGCUCAAGGUUGGUCAAUGAGAAUGAGGUGAAACAGUGGCGAGAACAGGCAGAGAAGUUCAGGAAAGAUCAUUUAGAGCUUCUAGGUAAACUAGAGAAGAAGGAGCGAGAGUGUGAAACCAAGACCCAGGAAAAGGAUGACAUGAUGAAGACAUUGAACAAAAUGAAGGACAAACUCCAGCGUGAGGGAGUGGAGCUUCGCUCAGCCAGGGAACAAGUCCAUGACCUGUCCUCACACAUCAAUAACAUAUCUGGGAUGGGUGUGUCUUUCCCGCCUCCUCCUCCUCCCCCUGGCGGCCCCAUGGCUCCACCUCCACCACCUAUGAUGGGUGGCUGUCCACCACCUCCUCCUCCACUGCCGUUUAGCUGCCCGCCUCCUCCGCCGCCUCCUCCCCCACCUGGAGCACCGCCUCCUCCACCAGGAGCCCCUCCCAUAUUCGGAGCUCCGCCUCCUCCUAUUCUCUCUUCAUUCAACUCGAACAUGCGCUCCAAGUCCAUCCCUACGCCUUCUCAUCCUCUGAAGUCCUUCAACUGGGCCAAACUAGGGGAGAAUGUGAUCAACGGCACCAUCUGGAAUGACAUCGAUGACCUGAGAGCUUUCAAGAUUCUUGACCUCAAGGACAUCGAGAAGAUGUUUUCCGCCUAUCAGAGACAACAGGAGCUGCUCACUAACCAAUCCUUCAAACAGAAAGAGACGGGCUCCAUGGAUGACAUAUACGUCAGCACGCGGAAGGUCAAGGAGCUAUCAGUCAUCGAUGGCCGACGGGCACAGAAUUGUGUCAUUCUUCUUUCAAAGUUAAAAAUGAGCAAUGAAGAGAUCAAGAGGGCGAUCCUGGAGAUGGACGAGAGGGAAGAGCUGUCCAAAGAUAUGCUGGAGCAGCUACUGAAGUUUGUCCCGGAGAAGAGUGACAUCGAUCUCUUGGAGGAGCACAAACACGAGCUGGAGCGCAUGGCAAGGGCUGAUCGCUUCCUCUUUGAAAUGAGCAGAAUUGACCACUACCAGCAGAGACUGCAGGCUCUGUUCUUUAAGAAGAAGUUUGCAGAGCGUCUAGGCGAAACCAAGCCUAAGGUUGAAGCGAUCCUGAAUGCAUCCAAGGAGGUGGUGCGGAGUAAGAGGCUGACUCAGAUCCUGGAGGUUGUGCUGGCCUUCGGCAACUUCAUGAACAAGGGCCAGAGAGGAAACGCCUACGGCUUCAAGGUCUCCAGCCUCAACAAGAUCGCUGACACCAAGUCCAGCAUAGACAGGAACAUCACCAUGCUGCACUACCUGAUCAUGAUCAUGGAGAAGAACUACAAUGACACGCUGCACAUCCAGAACGACCUCUGCAGUGUACCCGAGGCUGCCAAAGUCAAUUUGUCGGAGUUGGAAAAAGAGGUUCACAAUAUCAGAAGUGGACUGAAGGCUCUAGAGGCGGAGCUGCUCUACCAGCAGAGCAGGACGAGGGAACGCGGGGACAAGUUUGUGGCUGUGAUCGGAGACUUCAUCACCGUCGCUGGCUUCAGCUUUUCUGAACUGGAGGACCAGCUGAGCGAAGCCAAGGACAAGUUUACCAAAUCUCUGAAGCACUUUGGGGAGGAAGAAGGGAGGAUGCAGCCCGAUGAGUUCUUCGGGAUCUUUGACACCUUCUUACAGUCGUUUAGCGAGGCACGGCAGGACCUGGAGAACAUGCAGCGCCGUAAAGACGAGGAGGAGAGGAGGGCACGAAUGGAGGCCAUGCUCAAGGAGCAGAGGGACCGGGAGCGUCGGGCCAAGAAGGGCGGCGCUUCAGACGAGGUCGGCGGGGAGUUUGACGACCUGGUGUCGGCACUGCGCUCCGGUGAGGUCUUCGACAAGGACCUGAACAAAUUCAAGCGGAACCGCAAGCGCUCCGUCAACCAGCUGGUGGAGGGCGGGGGCCGCGAACGAGCAGUCACUAAGGUCAAUUACUAGGUCGGGAAAAAGGAAGGACAAAAAAAGAAAACACUAGACACGUAAAUACUGCCGUGGUGUAGAUCUCUUAACACCUUUAGUCCAGGUCCUGGAAUAGCGACCAUAGACAUUGGAGAGGAUGUAAGUAACGGCUGGACUGGACAUGUAGCGACAUGUAUGGACAGCCACACCAUUUUGAAGGACGCAUCACCCUCCUCUGAUUGGUCUCCUACAGCUAUUCCUAACUGUUUGUCCUGGGCGUUGUAUUUGGAUCUAAUGGAUGGACAGACAGACCACUGUGACACAUAAUCCCGCCAUCUUUUGACCUUAUCUUCUUAACACUGUGCUCAAGCUUCCAGCCCUCUACCGCUCCCUGUUUUUCACUGCUCAUUUCCCCUCUCCUCGGUGAUAGAGCGGCCCUAUCUUUUUACUCACUGGCUUCAAAAAACACAUGGGACUUUGGGAUCAGCCAGUCACAUUGUACAUAAACUUUAGGGCCAAGAGAAAGCAUGGGAAAAAGAAAGUGGGAACAGGGAAGUAAGCCAUAACCUUCACAGUCAUGGUUACUUCAAGUGUCCCGCGGAAAGUGUUAUAUCCACAGAAUGGAUGGGUGUUCUUAAAACUUCCUUCAUUGGAAAGAGGGGCUUGUCUUCGGCAAAUCCCAGAAUGCUUUGUAGGCUUCUGAAAGAUUUCAUCCCAUCAGCCUCCUCCAGCGCACAGCAUUCCCAGGAAGGAUGUACGUACGUACGUACGUACGUACGUACGUACAUACAUACCAAGCUUCGAUUUUAAGAGGAUACUCUGUUCAAGGAAAAACUAAAAAGUGAUGACUGUGCCACAAGGGUCAAUCCUCACCUACACUCCUAACUGCUUUUGACAUUGUUCUGGCAUUAACCCGUGCCAAAGCAAAACAAAUGUACAUGUAUUAAUAGAAAACAUACUGCAAUUAGGAGUUGAUAUAUAUUUAUAUUUAGAUGCAGACAAGCUAAUUGCAAAGAUGUAGAGUUUUUUUUUUAUGUUUUCAUGGCAUUUUGGGGUUUUGUACACGCAAUGCAUUAUUUGUUGGUGUUGCAAGUUCACAUUGCUGUUAAAGUGAAUUUCUAUACAUUUUGCGCUUUAUGUAAAAAAAGAUAAUUGCUUGUCCUUUUCACACCUGUAUGUCUUGUUUGCACUGUAGCUUUUCUGACCAACUUUACACUCCAUGAGCCGAUCUACAGGGUCCUCUGGAAAAAGUCCUCUCUGUACUUCAAUUACCUUCCCUAGGCCUAGAACAAAGAUAAUGCCAUGUCUGAAUUUAGAUCUGCAGUUUAGGGUUUCUUAAGUUAAACUAGUGCUUGAUCACUCGGUUAGUACGGAGGCCAACAAAGCUGGAAUUGCCAUUUUUGUUUUCUGAUGCGUUAUCGUGAAAUCACAAGUUACAUUUUUCGCCAUAUUGAGAAAAAACAAGCUUUGCUAUCUCCAGAUAAUCAACCCGUUAUCACAAGAAAAUUAAAGGUUAUUUUACUUUAAAUGUAUGUUUAUGGGAUCAGGAGUACAAUACAUAUAUAUGACGACGCGACAACUAAAGCAACUGAUGUAAGCUUACAAAGUCAGAUCAUGGAAUACCCAUUAUUGAUGAACGCAUCAGAUUGUGGUUCAAUCGAACUGAAAACGGAGUUGUGUCUUUUUGAAAGACAUAAUAUUCACAUAACCCAUAGUCAUAUCAGGAGAAGACCAAUACAAAAGUAGUUACUUUUCAGUUUUAAAUCAUCUGUGACCAAAGGCUAAAACCAUGUGUGAACAAGACACUCCUUUUUUUAAAUUACAUAAUUAUUGUGAGAUUCUGAAAAACUAAAAAUUGUUUUUCCUUGUGAUCUUAUUAUCUCAACAAAUCCGCCUUUGUUCUCCUGGGAAUUAACCUACAGUAAUCAGUCAUCCCGAGAAAACUAGCUUUUGUCUGGUGGCAUGAGACGCCAUUACAAAAAGAAUAGCAGAAAUGGCCCUUCUGGUCCUCCGUACAGUUACUUGGUUUAAGGCUUAUAAUGCAGUAUUUAUGUGGAUUUGUAUUUAAAUUGGCAUAGUAAUGUCAGAUAAACCAUUUGAUCAGUCUACAACAAAAGUCAGGGUACAACAAAGCACUUAUAGCGCCUCAGAGAGCGUCAUAGAAAACAAUCCUUACUUCGACCUUUCCUUCAAUCUUCUCUCAGAUGUUUCAGUCCCCGUUACUAUGGGCAACAUGUUGCCAAGCAAGAGUCCACAUCCUGUUGCCAACCUAGGUCUCUUUUCUUUAAGUUGUUACCGUAUUCAUUCUUUUAUUAUUUGUAUAUGCAUUUCUAAAUUGUUAAUAUGGAAGAUCAUUAGGGCCACAAGUGUUUGUUUUUUCAGAUAAUAUAGUGAGAAAUGUGGAGAAAAAAAGUCAGAAUUCAGAUUUUUCAGAGCUCAAAGAAAAAAUAAAUCACUUUUGGUAAGAUCCAAAAAUACAUUCACAUGUGGCCCUAAUCCUCCUCCGUAGAUGGCAGUAGGCAUGACCAUGGCUGCAACCCAUUUGAGUUAUUCCAUCUGCAUUGCAUGGUUACUGCAGCACAGCGUAGGGCUUUAUGUAAUGUCCAACAGUACAGUGGGAAAAUUGGACUUGGUCUUCUUUGGAGAGGAUAAAAAGAUAAAGGAAACAUCCCGUGUUUAAUUUUCCUCUGUCUGGCAUGUGUCCUUAUUAUGGUUAGAUCCCAGAGCUGUUGCACCAAAGCAUUUGCACAACAGCUCCUGGAUCAGUUGGAAAGGGGUUGGAUUUACAUGGUUGUUCUCAUAGUAACAGUUACAGUUAAACACAAAUAGCUCAUAUUGAAGAUUCUUUGUAUCACUUUAAAUAAGAAACUAUUUAAUUGCACUUGUCUCAAUAAGCACUUUGUGUAUUAACAGUAGUGUUAAAAUACACAAAAAAAUAAAUUUCCAAUGAAUUAUUGAGCAUCUAUAUAUACAGCUAUCCCAGUUUUGUCUCUCAUUCAUUUUGCCAGCUUUUCUGUUUUGUUUUUAUUUUCACCUUGAAGUGCCUCUCACCUGUUUUCACACAUGUACCAUUCCUAUCAUUGUGUUUUAGUGCUUGUGGCUUUCCAAAAUAAUACACGGUGUUUGCGACAGUUGGAAUUGGACUACUUGGCGCCAUCUUGUGGCCUCAGAUGUGCACUUUCAUGUUCCACCUGACGUCUCAAACAUCAAAUAGCAGCUCUCCAAAGUGAUAACAUUAUGCAACUCUUCAGAAGAGUAUAAGGGCCAGGCAUUAGGCAGCAGGACAUUAUUUGUAUUUGUCUUGCCUUUAGAGAAUAAAAUCGAACAUUGCGUAGAUGCAAAUUAGUUGAGUAGAUUUAUUCUGAAAAGUUUAACCUUCUUUAAUUUUGACUCCAUUCUCAACAACUUGAUCCUAAAUAUUUCAAAACUAUUCUCUGUAUUUUGACUCUAUUCUCAACUUCAUUCUUAAAAACAACAUGAAUUAUUUCCACCUCUUACCUGGCCUUAAUACUCUUCCAUAGGCAAUUGUUCCAAGCUCUAGGCUUAAGCUCACCAAAGUUCCCUCUAUUAAAGUCCGGCAGGUGUACUACACUAUGGCUGCCAUGUGAUUAGAGAUGUUCGACAUACUACCUGUAGAGAGAAAUUCCUUUUUCCCUAAACGUUUAUUUAUUCCAUCCUUUAUCAGUCACAUUGCAGAGAAACCUACUCCUACCAUGUGUAUAGUCCUUUGUCCUUUAACCUCAUAAUAGCAUCACUCUGCAAAAAAAAACAAAGAGAGAUCAGAGAGGAUCUUUAAGUUCCUUUGUCCCACACUUUAGAGGAUAACCAGUAAUCCAAAUAGAAUAAAAUCAGACACUUUGAAAAGUCCUAAAGGGAAAAGGACAUGUGGUUGCUUAUUCUCUAACCAGCAUCUCAUGUAUAUUUGAGCUAUUCGAUUUCCUAACCUCUGCUCUUUUGUCUUUCCAGUAAACCAGGGUUGGUAUAUCAGACUUUUGCAGCACCUUUAAACUCUUAAUCCAGAGCUUUAACACGUUUUGUAGUGCAGACUAUUUACUGAGGGAUAUUGUAAUAUUUUCAGUAUUAUUAGGAUUAUGUUGUUACAUGCUUGGAUGUUUAUUCGGCCAUUGACUGGCUGAUUUUGGAGUGUACAGAUGGAAAAGGAAUGAAAUUAGUAGCUUGUUCAAUGCACUUUUGUCAGGGGACAUUUUAAUUUGCAUAGUAUUUUGAGGAUUUAGAGCCCUUUUUUAAAUAUGAGAGGGGUGCAAAAAAGCAUGGUGUGAAGAAGAGAGAAAAGGGGCAAGUGAGGUUCGGACUCCGCUGAAUACACAUUAACAGAGUUUUUAACCCCCACCAGUUUGGGUCACCUGUAAAAAGAAAAGUGUGUUUCUGACACCGCCACAUUUCUGUCAAAUCAUGCACUUGGCGUUGACCUGCAUGCCUAAAGAAGGGUGCACAAAGUGUGAUGUGUUGAGUUCAUUAGAAUAUUGCUUGCAAUAUGAUACACACCUGUUACACAACAAUUUGUACUGCCUAAGAAAAAUGCACCCAGUUUCAGAUGUUGUAUUAUUGUGAGCAGCCAGUAUUUUUAAGGUUGGAAAGAAAAGGUAUCCUCCACCGAAAGAUGUACAGAAGUGGAAAAAGCAUUUUGUACACCAUUCUUGAUGUUUGAGAUAAGGUAAUAAAAAAAAAAAUUAAAACAUUGAGGAAUGUUCAAUUUUCCUGUAAAUUGUACCGCUAUUUAUUUGCCUUAUUUAGUUUGCUAUAUUUUGUAUGUCCAUACAGCAUUACGACAAAUUGUUAUAUUAAAAAUAUGAAUAAUUAAACUGUGGUCCGUGUAUAGUUUUAAGACAUAAGGAUGACAUAUGAGAAUUAUUUUCUUUUCUCUUCCAUUUCUAUUAUUUUCGUUUUGUUUUUUUGUUACCCUGGUCCUUUUGUAGGGUUACAAUAAACCUUUGUCCCUUGCAA